AUGCCUACCUUCACAGUUUUCAAGGGAAGACCAGAUGGUACCCCCAUCAAGAGCACCACCACUAAGCCUGAAGAGCUGAAGGGUGAUAGUGUUUUGGUAAAGAUCACUGCUUCCGGUGUUUGCGGAACUGAUCUCCAUUACAAAGGUGCCGAUAUGGUUCUCGGCCACGAAGGUGUUGGCAUCGUUGAAGCCGUCGGCCCUGCCGCAAAGUACCUCAAGAAAGGCGACCGUGUCGGCUGGGGCUACGAGCAUGAUUCUUGUGGCCACUGCAACGAAUGUCUUACUGGAAAUGAAAUUUUCUGUCCCGAACGUGCUCUCUACGGAUACGCCAAUCUCGAUCAAGGAUCGUUCGCUUCCCAUGCUAUCUGGCGUGAAGCCUUCCUCUUCCUCACACCCGCCUCUAUCCCUGAUAAAUAUGCCGCUCCUCUCCAAUGUGGAGGUGCUACCACAUUCUCCGCCCUCCAGGGUAUCACGAGCACCGAUGUUGUUGCCGUGAUGGGAGUUGGUGGAUUAGGACAUUUGGCUAUCCAAUUUGCUGCCAAGAUGGGUUGCAGAGUUGUCGUAUUGAGCAGUUCCGAUAAAAAGAAGGAUGAAGCUUUCAAACUUGGCGCACACGAAUACAUCGUCACCUCAGGUGCCAAGGAGCUCAAAGUCACCAAGUCCAUCAACCGUCUCCUCGUCACCAGUGCCGUUCAACCAGACUGGGAUCUUAUCCUCCCAAUCAUGGCACCCCGCGCUACCAUUUACCCUUUGACAGUCUCCUUCAAGAACCUUGAAAUCCCAUACAUGCCAUUCCUCACAGCCGGUAUCAACAUUCAAGGAAACCUUGUCGCAAACAGAAGUGCGCAUAAACAGAUGUUGGAGUUUGCCGCCUUCCAUGAAAUCAAGCCGAUUGUUCAAACCUUUCCCAUGACCGAGGCGGGUAUUGCUGAAGCAAUGGAUAAGUUGGACAAAGGAAAAGUUUACUACAGAGCUGUUCUCUUGGCGCAAAUCAUCGAGAAAGUCCUCCCAGGUGCUACGAGAACAUCCACAUCUUCUGAAACAACUCUUCGCAAACGCUUCACUUACAAGACUUGGUUGAUUUCCAUCCUCUCUUCUUGCUCCCCUAAAAGUAAGAAGGAGAAGAAGAUUGUUGAGAAAAAAUAA